CCGCCGCCCCCGGCCAUGGAGCCGGCGGCCCCGAGGGACGGCCGCUCCUCCUCGUCGUCCUCGUCGUCCUCUCCCCCGACCCGCUUCCAGCCCGCCGAGCCCGAGGGCGGCGGGGGGGGUCCCGGCGGGGGCGGCGGCGGCGGCGGCGGCGGGGGGGUCUUCGCCGACGGCCGGGGCCCCGACAGCAGCGGCGGCGAGCAGAGCCCCGACGACGACAGCGACGGGCGCGGCGAGCCGGGGCGGAGGCCCGGCGUGGCGGCGGGAGGCCCGGCGGCCGAGGCCCGGCCGGUCCCGCCGGGGCCCGGGAGCGCCGUCCCGCCGGGCGGCGGCAAGAAGUCCAAAGAGCAGAAGGCGCUGCGGUUGAACAUCAACGCCCGGGAGCGGCGGCGCAUGCACGACCUCAACGACGCCCUGGACGAGCUGCGGGCCGUCAUCCCCUACGCGCACAGCCCCUCGGUGCGCAAGCUCUCCAAGAUCGCCACGCUGCUGCUCGCCAAGAACUACAUCCUCAUGCAGGCGCAGGCCCUGGAGGAGAUGCGGCGCCUCGUCGCCUACCUCAACCAGGGCCAGGCCAUCUCGGCCGCCUCCCUGCCCAGCUCGGCGGCCGCGGCGGCGGCGGCGGCCGCGGCGCUGCACCCUGCGCUGGGCGCUUACGACCAGGCGGCGGGCUACCCCUUCGGCGCCGGCCUGCCCCCCGCCGCCUCCUGCCCGGACAAGUGCGCCCUCUUCAACGGCGUCUCCUCCAGCCUCUGCAAACAGUGCACGGACAAGCCUUAGCCCGCCGGGGGGCGGGGGCCGGGGGGCGGGGGCCGAGGGCCCGGCCGGCCAUGCGCCCGUCGACCCCCCGACUCCCACCGGGACCCUUCGUGGGGAGGGAUGGGGACACGAUUCCCGGGGACGGAGGGGCGGCCGGUCCCAUCACCCACCCCCCCUCCCUUUCCCCCCAACUCGCUCUCCUUGGCGCGCCUGGGGAGGACCGGGUGGGGGUGCGGGGUUUUUUUGGGGGGUGGGGGGGGUUGGGAGGAGAAAGGUGCGGUGCCCCCCCCCCUCCGGAGAGUCACGCGGACGGACGGCCAAGGGCGUGGGAAAUUCGGGAUCUGGGGAUUGUCGGCCGGGAGAAGCCAAGAAACUUGGGAGACGCGUUGAAAGCAAAGAGGGACUGGCGCGUUGCUCUCAAAGACUUGCCUUUUUUAUUGUCUCUCGACCCGGACAGGUGAAGAGGCGCAGAGGUGGGGCGAGAGGGAUGCCGAAAGGGACUCGUGGGGGCCGAAAGUAUGGCAUCGAAAGUAUUUAUGUGCACCUUCUUACUUUCCACUUCGCGAUGAUGUACGAACGAGACAUGCUAUUUAUUUGUUAAGACUCAACGACCCCUUCCUCCCCCCUCCCGCCCCCCCCCCCAACAACGGUAUUUAUCAUAUGUUAAGGUCGCUGGUUUUAAUGUGCAGAUUCUUUUUUUAUGCCUCUAAAGUUUCGUCCUAUGGAUUGAUUUAUAACGUGUACCCAGUGUUCCAAGGAGCUCUUGGCCGACAUCGGUAAACGGAAAUAUUGAUGUAUCGGAGCCGCUUAGGUUUCUGAAAGGUCACCUGCAUUUUUUUUUUCGAGUCGCAUCGUCCCUGUAUUCGAAUUGAGCUUUAAUAAAUUGCUUCAGUCCAAAAAAACUACA